AUGGCCUUGAUUUCAGGAAGAGAGGCACGGAUAUCCCUCCAAGGUAUCUAUUCAGUACUACCUAUGAAGUUUACUCCGGCUCCUUGCAUACACACCAUCAAGGAUUGCAUGCUGCAUUGUUUUGAGUCCAUCUGUGUUGCCAUCUAUAUCUUAGUUAAAAGACGCUCACAGCAAUAUAAUAAUGACACAACUAAGCCUAGUUUCCUACGCGGGUCUUCAUUUCUUCAACCAACCCUGAGCCAUUCCGGCUGGCAACUCAAAAACCGCCCAUUCAUCAUGAAAUUUUCGUUCCAUGCGCUUCUCGUUACCGCGUUUGUCAGCAUCCACACUGCUGUAGAACUCGUUCUCUCAUCCCCUCUCAAUAUUGUAGAUAUGACAGAUCAUCAGCUCUCCAGGCGUGACUGCAACUACAGAGUGUUCUGUCCGACUUCGCUAGCAGAGUCGUGGUGUGUCUCCUGGGAUACAGGAUACGCCAUGUGCGUGCAGAAAAAUGGGAAGUAUCCAACGGUGGAAUUGAACCGCUGCAAAUCUUGUGUGGAGAGCAAUUGUGCGACGACGAGAUGCGAGGAGGUUAUGGAUUGA